AUGGCCCCCGGCUGGUGUUCAAGAACCUUCUUGCUGCUCCUUCUGGUGCUCGCCAGGUGUCGAGAGACGCUCGCAGCAUCAUUUUAUGGCGAAAGCUACAUACAAUUAAAUGUUGCUGAAACAGUGUAUGAAAUAUCACUGAAAUUACAUUUUCGGACAAAUAGACCUGAUGGAUUGCUUUUUCUUGUUUCUGGAAAGGAAGAUUAUUUUUUGGUGGAAUUAAAUUCUGGAAAUAUACAGGUGAGGAUCAACUUUCACACAAAUGAACAGAUCCUUCAUUCCCAAUUACACUCACAACUUGAUGAUUUAGAUUGGCAUCUUCUUGAAAUUCAUCACAAAAGAGAAAAUAUUACUCUAGUGAUCGAUAAAAAUUAUCAGACUAGUGCAAUAGUGCCAGAUUUCUUAGUAUUUGAACUAAACAUUGAAUAUGGUCUCUAUAUAGGUGGGAGAGGUAACCUUAAUGUCUACUAUCUUAACAAUACACCAGUUAAUUUCCGAGGAUGUAUUAACGAUGUGAUAUUUAACAACCAUGAUAUCUUAACGUCCCUGAGAUCGUCUGCAAGAAAUAAAAACAUUCAUGAAGUAUCACUGAGCUGCAGCAAUGAAUUUUUUGCAGGGGAAGAAGAACCCAUAAAUUUUUUUAAUUCCAAAUCCUAUGUUUCAUUUCCUCUUUGGAAUGUCCAAGCAGGAGGCAUCUUGGAAUAUUCAGUGCAAACUACAGCUCAGAGGGGAUUGCUGCUCUACAGUUCUGGUCCCUUAGGAGACUUUGUUGCAAUGGAAAUUGAAAAUGGUCUCAUUAAAGCUCACAUUAGAAUGGGUAAAAAUAGACUUGAACUUUCUUCUCUUAGUCCCGUCAAUGACAACCAGUGGCAUGUUGUCAGACUAAAAUUUUCCAUAAAAUUUGUCGAACUCACUCUAGAAAAGAAAACUGUGAAAACUCCAUUGCCUUCUCAUAGUAGGCUUCCUGUUCUUAAAGGGGCCUUAUAUGUCGGUGGAAUAAAUGAUGCACUCCGUGCAGAAGUGCUAAAACAAGGCUUAGCUUCAGUUUCUGGGAGAUACGGAGAAGGCGGAUCUUUUAGAGGCUGCUUGAAAGAUUUGAUAAUCGAUUCCCAAAAAAAAUCCUUGAAAAAUGUUCUAGUGACUAAGGAUAUUUCAGUAGGAUGCACAACACCUAAUGUUGCACCAGAAAAGCAGGCUGUUGUUGGUACUGUGACUCCUAAACUACUGAAGAAAGAAAGUCAUGACCAUUUUUUGUUUGUCAACAACUUAAUUGUGCCAGAAGGUGGGCAAGCAUUUCUUGGAUCUAAGCACAUUAAAGUCAGCGUGGACUUCAAAGCACUGGGGAUUCGUCAGUCGCAAAUUCUUUUUAGAAUUAAACAUCCCCCUUCUUAUGGCCAGUUGAAGUUGAAUGUUGUGUCAAAGCAAGAAGACUUCACAUUUACUAUGCUAGAUUUGUGGCAAGGCAAAGUUUUAUAUGUUCAUGAUGGUUCUGAAGAAAACUAUGAUUAUUUCACUUUCUCUGUUUCUACAAGCAGUAAAAGGAAGAUGCCUCCAUAUCUCCAAGGAAAUGAUGAACAUAUGUUUACUAUUACAGUGAGACCAAUAAAUGAUGCUCCAGAACUUAUAUUUCCAAAUGGAAACUUAUUUCCUCUCUUAGAAUACUCCAAGAAAUGCCUGAGUAUAGAUUCCAUAAAUAUUGUGGACAACGACACAAGUGCUGCAGAUCUUAGUAUUACAGUCCUUGGAAAUUCAAAUGCAGAUGCAGGUUUUCUAGAAAAUUCCAAAACUCCUGGGAAAACAAUUACUACCUUUUCCUAUGAGGAUUUACAGCAUGGUAAUGUUUUCUUUGUCCACACUGGAAUUCAGAAUUCCAGGAUUGUUCUGCGAGCAAGCGAUGGGGAAAAGGUUAGCAACACAGUUGUGUUGCGUAUCAUGGCUGUGCCCCUGGAUUAUAAAUUAGUCAACAACACGGGAGUUGAUGUGGUACAAGGCACCACAGUGUUGAUAACACUCAGCCAUUUGGCCACAGAAAUAAUUGCUUUUCAACAAGAGUUGGAAAUAAAAUAUGAAAUCACAGAAGAACCCUUUUUUGGAGAAAUUCAGAGAAGGCAUACUGGUGGAGAAUGGAAAAAAACAAAUUCUUUUUCUCAACGAUCCAUUGAACGUGGUCGUGUGAGAUAUCUUUCUACCUUCAAAGCAAUUCAGCAAAAUAAUGUCCAUGAACAUUUUAAGUUUAAAAUUAUCAUUGGUAGCAAUAUAAGCCAAGAGUUUCUGUUUGCUGUUAGAGUAAAAUGGCUGACUUACAAUUUACUGAAAUAUGCGCCGUUAGUUAUUGAUAAAUCAGAGAGAGAGCAUCUUAAUUCUAGUAAUCUUCUUGUGAUGAUACCACAGAUGGAUCUGUCAGAAAAUGAAUUUCUUUAUAAGCUGCAAUCCUUACCUGAGAAAGGAAGAAUUCUGCUUGAUAAUGUCCCAUUGGAAAUAAAUUCCAGCUUCAGCCAACAGAAUAUUUCUGAUUGUAAAGUAGAGUAUCAAUUAUAUAGGAAGUCCCAUGAAGAAAGUCUGGAUUCAUUUCGAUUCUUCAUUAGUACUCAGUUUGUGGUAUCAAAUAUCUAUGAUUUCAAAAUUAAGAUCAAAACAAACCCACAAAACAUUAUUUUGAUAAACAAUGGUCUUACUGUUACUGAAGGUGAAGGAUCACUGAUAACAAAAUCAGAAUUGUUUGUGCAGACCUUCAGUAAUACGACUUUUGAGUAUAAGGUUACAAAAAGUCCUCAACAUGGGAAAUUAAUGCUUAUUAAUUUUUCUGAUUCCCCCGAAAGUAACAACAAUCUUAGUAGUUUCACUAAUCAGGAUAUAUAUGGAGAACGUCUUAUGUAUAUACAUGAUAACUCAGAGACACAGUAUGAUGAAAUUCAUAUCACUGCAACUGCCAUAAAAUUUGGAGAAGAGGUUUUAGAAAAAGAGUUCCCAUUAUCAGUAGGGAUCAAAUUUAAUAUUUCUAUCCAUCUGAAAAAUGAUGAAAAACCAGUACGAGUGGUGGAUAAGAUAUUUCAUGUUGUUAAGAAUGGGAGGAAACUGUUGACUUUGGAUGAUCUUUGCUAUCAUGAUCCUGAUACAGAUUUUGAUGAUAAUCAGUUGUUAUACACCAGGCGUGGCAUACCUAAUGGAGACUUGGUUCUUGUCAAUGAAACAUCACAUAGACUGUAUCAGUUCAAGCAAGAGGACCUUAUGCAAAAGCAAGUCCUCUUUGUUCAUCGAGGUGCCACUUAUGGUCGUUUUGUGCUAUUUGUAACUGAUGGAAAACAUUAUACGUCAUCACUGUUAGAAGUAAGUGCUGCUGAACCAUAUGUCCUCCUAGCAAACAAUACAGGAUUAUUGAUCCAAAAAGGAAAAGAAGCAGUGAUUACCACCGCUAACUUGAGUGCUACCACAAAUCAAGAUAUUAGAAGUGAUCAUGAAAUUAGAUUUGAGAUAUUUUUCUCCCCGAAGUAUGGACAAAUCUUUGUUAAUAAUUUAGCACUGGCCACUUUUACACAGCAUGAUCUCAAAAUGGAACAUGUGACUUAUAAACAUAAUGAUAGCAAUAAUUUGAUUGACACAUUGAAUUUCACUGUUUAUGCUAAAGGCCUCCAUUUGGAUGUUGAAAUGAACAUUCAGAUAUAUUUGGAAAGUCAUCAACGUCCACCAGUGGUCCUACAUAACCACAGCCUUUUGGUUGAAGAAGGGAAUCCUGUUCAAAUCAGUAAUGGAAAAUUGCUGGCUGUGCAUGAAAACAGCUUGCCAUCAGAGAUAGAAUUCAAAGUAAGAUCAUCUCCAGUCUAUGGCUAUCUUUGGAAGUUUACAUCAAAAGAAAACUACCUUGGAGCAGAAGAAAAUCCAGUUUUGUCUUUUACUCAACAAGACAUCAAUGAUGGCAUUAUCCAAUACAUUCAGACCAUCUCCAACCAACUCCAAGACCACUUUUCCUUGGAUGUAACCAAUGGCAUCCAGACAGUCAGUGGAAUAGGAAUGACUGUGGCCAUCAUUCCAAAGCUGAUCCCACUAGAAGUACACAACUUCACAGUUGCUGAAGGCGGUUCAAAAGUUCUUAAAGAAGAUAUUCUAAAAAUUUCUAAUAGCCACUUUGCAGAAGUUAAUUGUGACUUUGAUAUAGUUGAGCCACCAAAACAUGGGCAAAUUGCAAACUCUCAUUUUUUUGGAAUGGUGUUGACUAAAUUUACCAGAAAACAGCUAGAACAUGGGUUGAUCUUCUAUGUUCAUGAUGACAGUGAACAGCUGCUUGAUAAUUUUACCAUUGUUGCAAACUGCACACAAGUAUGGAAGCAAAGCUUGCCUCAGAUCAUAUUUGUGACUAUUACACCAGUAAAUGAUGAAGCUCCCAUCAUAAAGAGAAAUAUAGCACUCCGGGUACGUCCUGAGGAAUUUGAGAUCUAAAUGUUUAACUGGUUAUACAUGACAUUCUUCUGUUUGUAACAGGUGAAGUGCAAAU